UUUCUCUUUCUUCCUCUCUCCCCUCCCUCCUGCCUGCCUGCCUUCCUUUUUUCCUUUUUUUUUUUUUUUUUUAAUAUGAGGAAGGUAGCUUUAGUGAAAACAGGCUUUGGAGUUGAACCUAUAUGGGUUCAAAUUCGACUUCUGUCCACCACCGAGACCUGCGCUACGGAGGGGACUCGCUUUCCCGUCCGCGAAACUGGGACAGCGCCGCCUACACCCCGCGGCGUUCGGGGCUGACUGAAUGGGACGCCGAGUACUGGCUCCAGCCACGCCCUUCGCUCCCCACCCCCCGCGCCGAGCGACUGCCAAGGCAGAGUACCCAAAGGACCGAAACGGGGGCGGGGUCUCGGUCCCUCCGCGGAAAGAGGGACCCGUCCGUACCAGGCAGGAGUCGCCGCCCAGCGCCGCGCUCCCCGAGCCAUGGCGCCAGCCCUAUGGCGGGCCUGCAACGGGCUUAUGGCCGCCUUCUUCGCGCUGGCGGCGUACGUGCAGGUAAAUGAUCCAGAUGCAGAGCUGUGGGUGGUGGUGUACACAAUCCCUGCAGUACUGACCCUGCUUGUUGGACUUAACCCUCAAAUCACAGGUAAUGUUAUUUGGAAAAGUAUCUCUGCAAUACACAUACUCUUUUGUAUGGUGUGGGCUGUUGGCUUGGCGUACUACCUCUUGCAUCAUACACAACAGAACAUCUUACAUGAGGAAGAAGGCAGGGAGCUGUGUGGUCUGGUGAUUAUUGCAGCAUGGAUUAUCCUGUGCCGCAGUUCCUCAAAGACUCCAGUUGGUGGAAGAAUUCAGUUGGCUAUUGCCAUUGUAAUCACACUUUUCCCAUUUAUUUCAUGGAUCUACAUAUAUAUUAACAAGGAAAUGCGGUCCUCCUGGCCAACUCAUUGCAAGACAGUAAUUUAAAUAAAUUCAAGAACUUUGUUUUUAAAAUGAA